AUGGUCGAUUACUCGAAGAAAACGGUGGCCGAGCUGACAGAGAUCCUGAAGUCACGAAGUUUACCGCAUUCGGGGAAGAAGGCGGACCUCGUCGCGAGACUGAACGAAGCAGACAAAGUAGCCCAAGAGAAUGAAGCUGAGAAGGCUCCCCCGGCAGAGUCCACCAGCGCGCCUCCCGUGCAAGAGCCAGAGCCUGCAACCGAGCCUGCAUUGAAACCUGCGCCUGACGAAUCCGCACCUGUAGAAGCCGCACCUGCAGCAACAGCCCGCGAGAUUGCCGAAGAGCCCGCCGACUCCCCCUCUGCGAAUACCGAUACUGCACUAGCGAACUCAGCCUCAUACUCUUUGAAUCUGCCGCACUCAGAGAUGGACGCUGAGAUGGCCAAGCGCAAGGCCAGGGCCGAACGAUUUGGCACCGGCGCCUCUGGUGCUAACGGAGAGACAGGAGACAGUGCUACCGAUGCCGAUGCGCAGAAGGCCUUGGAGCGCGCGAAGCGCUUCGGCACGGCCCAAACGGCGAUGGGCAAACUGGACGAGGCCCUUCCCGAGGAGCGCGAACGUGGCUCAAGGAAACGAGGCAGAACUGAGGAAACCAGUGCUAUGGACGAUCCAGCUCUAAGGAAAAGCUUUGGCGGUCGAGGUGGUCGGGGUCGGGGUGGCCGCCUCCGUGGACGAGGUGGGCGAGAGAAUUCACGGCGCAGGACGGGCGAGAAGCCUACCGGUGUCGGUAAGCAGUCGGGGGCUUUUUCAUCGGAAGCGGAUCGCAUGGCCGCGGAGGCAAGGAGAAAGAAGUUCGCUUCUGCCUCUUGA